AUGGGGAACAAAGCCUGUUUGGGCCCAAGAGAGGAGCACACCUAUUAUGAUCCUGAUAACGAUUGGAAGCCAAAGCACAACAUAGUUAUUGAGACUAAUAACAAAAUCCCAGGUGGAAUAUAAAUAACGAUGAAGAAUCAGAUACAAGAUCUCUUGGUAAGAGGAAGAAGACACUGAAAGGUAGCGAAGACUAUCAAACAGCUACGCCUGGCCAAACAGCUACACAGACUGCAACUGGGGAUGAACUAUGGGGGUGGGGCGAGGAGCAGAUUGAGCUUCCAAAUGGUGACAAAGUUUAUGUGACCCUUAAUAACCCUAAUGAGCCUGAUGGAGGCAAGACCAAAAAUAUUCAUAACAUGCCUCUUGACAUGGUACUUGAGAGGCAUGGCGUUGAUCUGUACGUUGAAGAGUAUCGCAACCGAUUUGGUGAUAAGAACAAAGGAUUGGAGUUAUUCAAGAAUUCACUACACUAUCAAAGGAUCAGUAGCCAGGACAGACCAACUCUUUUUGGUGGAGAUCUCUAUCAUUAUGAAGAGCAGAAACUAAUAGAUCCUGAUGAAAUUGAAGCUAGUGAUAUAGAGCCUAUUAAAUAUUACGAGGUCAAGGAUAUGAAGGAAGAUAGCAUGAUCGAAGCCUCUAGCUCAAAGAUUGGCAAAAGUGAAGAAAGCAAUUUUGAUGCCAGUAAAGAACUCGAAAAAUUGGCCGAAGAAAGCAAAGAGAAGAGCUUCCAAAAGCACGAUAUAGACCAAGAAAUCCAGAACCUCACAGGAGAAAUCGAAGAUAGCCAAAUCCAUGAAGAGGGCUAUAACGACUUUAUCCAGAAACAAGGCAAUAUUGGGGAAUCAGAAUCUGCUAGUAUCUCAGCAAUGAAAAGCAGCAAAGAAAGCCAACAGCAGGAAAUUGUAGUUGUAAGUCGAACGAAGUUGGGUUAGGAAUAGUAGUAUGCGAACUAAGAUGGGUGAAACAGAGAAGUCAUUAUUUUUAUGAAUUUCCUGAAAUGUUUUAUUGUAAUUAAAUUUACAAAGUAAUACAUUUACAAAAAUUAUCUUAAAGCUUACACAUCCCUAAUUUUCUCAUAAACCUCUUAUAUCCUUCUAUGCUAUUUUCUUCUCAUACUCUACACACAAGCCUCUAUUGACUUCCAACCCAUAACAUCCCUAACAUAUGCCAAAUUUCUAUACUACCAAUUCUCACCUGAACCAAAUCCUAUAGGAAGAAGAACAACCCAUAGAGCAAGUUAAUCAGCUUGAAGUUGAAGAGGUUGAAGAAGAAAUCGAAGACCAUGAAGACCACGAAGAAGAAAUUGAAGACCACGAAGAAUCUCAAAAAGAUCCCUCAGAUAUCGAUGAGUCUGAUAUCAUCGUUACCUCUACCAAGAAGCCUGAGGUUGAAGAGCCAGAAGGAUCGGAGGGAGAACUUAACGAUACUAUCCCCAUAUCGUAUCAUGAGAGCGAAGGAAUCGAAGAUGCUAUUCCUAACUUAGAUGCUUCCUCAACCAUGCUACAUAAUUAUGAAGCAUCUUUACCUCAUGAGAAGCUUGACAGAGGUCCUGCCUUUGAAGAAAGUACCCCAAUAAGAACCAAACAUUACCGAGAAGAAAGGAAGGAGAGCGUCUGGGAAAAACUCAAAAUUAGUAAAGAAGGAUACUAUCGUAAAAACGAGAGUUCGAAAGAAAGAAAACCAAGAGAUUACUCUGGCCUUCGCCUUAACCCUCAAAACAGAAAGGACAGAAUCUCCUACCUCCAUCAAAGCAGGGGAAGCUCUUUUGAAAAAAGCCGCGUGAGUCCAAUGAACGGUGUCGGAAUCGGUGAAUCUCCAUAAAAUCC